AUGAAGGCUGAAUGUUCAGGGCUUCCGUCGUUCGUGUACGGGGAGUCGCUGGGAGGCGCAAUCGCCAUGACCGUGGCACUGCGUGAUCCUGAUAGCUGGACUGGGCUGGUCGUGGUGUCUCCCAUGCUGCGUAUAAAGGAAGAGCUGCAGCCCAGCUGGGCAGCACUGCAGGCUCUUCGACUCACCGCCGUUCGAUUCGCCUCGGAGGGUUUCGCAGUGUUUGGCAUCGACUUUGAGGGCCACGGCAAAUCGGACGGUCUGAGAUGCUCGUUCAGGUCCGCGGAGCAACUGGUGGACGACUGCUCCGCCUACUUCUCAUCUGUGAAGGCGAAGCCUGACUUCGCAGGGCUGCCGUCCUUCGUGUACGGGGAGUCGCUGGGAGGCGCCAUCGCCAUGACCGUCGCACUGCGCGAUCCUGACAGCUGGACUGGUCUGGUCAUGGUGUCUCCCAUGCUGCGCAUCAAGGAGGAGCUGCAGCCUAGCUGGGCUGCACUGCAGGUUCUUCGAGUCCUUGCAAUGAUCAUUCCUGACAGUGCCUUUGUGGCCACCAAGGGAGACCUGAUUCGUUAUUACUUCAUAAAAAUGGAGAAGGAACGCGAGAACCACGUCUACCUUGCCAAGCUCGCGGAGCAAGCCGAGCGCUACGAUGAGAUGGUUUCAUCCAUGAAGGAUGUUGCCAAGCUCGACGUCGAGCUGUCCGUUGAGGAGCGCAACCUCCUCUCCGUCGGCUACAAGAACGUCAUUGGUGCUCGCAGGGCUUCAUGGAGAAUCAUGUCUUCUAUCGAGCAGAAGGAGGAGAACAAGGGCAACGAGCAGAAUGUGGCGAGGAUCAAGGAGUACAGGUCGAAGAUUGAGGCGGAGCUCUCCGAUAUAUGCCAAGACAUCCUCAACAUCAUUGACAGCAAUUUGAUCCCCUCAUCUGGCACUGGGGAGUCGAAGGUUUUCUACUACAAAAUGAAGGGUGACUACUACCGCUACCUCGCAGAGUUCAAGACUGGCGCUGACAGGAAGGAGGCCGCUGAGCAGUCGUUGAAGGCGUACCAGUCAGCUUCCGAGGUCGCGACCGUCGAUCUUGCACCAACCCACCCCAUCCGCCUUGGUCUUGCCCUUAACUUCUCUGUGUUCUACUACGAGAUUUUGAACUCACCAGAGAAGGCCUGCCAACUGGCCAAGCAAGCCUUCGACGAGGCUAUUGCCGAGCUUGACACUCUGAGCGAGGAGUCCUACAAGGAUAGCACCCUCAUCAUGCAGCUUCUUCGUGACAAUUUGACACUCUGGACAUCUGAUCUCCAGGACGAAGCCGCCGCCAAGGACGAGUCUGCUGAGGAGAAGAAGGAAGAGAAGUCUGCUGACGAGUGA